UAUUCAAAAUCUCAGCGCGCUGCCAGCGCCUCUCAGCACCUCUGUUCAAAAUCUCAGCCAACUUCCGGUUGCUGCCAGCGCGCUGCCAGCAAACUGCAAGCGUCUUUUUCAGUGCUGGAUACGUCAGCAAACAAGAUGGCAGCAACCAUGCAGUUAGUAAGUGCUUUGAUAAACGUCGAUGGUUUCGAAUUCAAUGCACUCAUUGAUGAAUGCACAUUGAAUAAAUUAAGAUCAGGUAAGUACAUUAAUAGAUUAUUUUAAUAUACCAACAUAUUUAUAUGUGUGAGACAUAUUUUUAAUUCUGUAAUAUUUUUGACAUUUUUUUCCUUAGAUGCAAACUACAUGAAAAAAUAUCUGAAUGAUAUGAAGCAUAAUUCAGAAAUUGAUAUCCCAACGAAUUUAGAUAUCAGUGCACCGAAAAUUAUUCGAAUUUUUCGAGUCGUAGAAAAGGAUGGUGAAUUUGAACUCACAGAAGGAGUCCAAUUCAGUUUUGAAGAGGCUGAAAAAGGUGAUCAGCCUGAAAUAAAAAAAAAUGAGCAGAAAAAGAAACAAAAGGUUGAAUGGUCUGAUGUGGCUACACAACUUUUAAUCAAUUGUAGGAUUGAAAAAGAAAAUGACUUCCAGAAACCAAUUGCCAAGGCAAAACUGUGGAAUCAAAUUUCGCAGGCCUUACAAGACAAAGGGGUCAAGUUUACAGGGGAGGAGUGUAGCCAUAAAUGGCGAAAUUUAAUGUGCACAUUUAGGCAAAAUUUGGACAAGUUAAAAACAUCAGGAGAGGGGAAAAUAAGAUGGGAACAUUUUAAUAAAUUUUAUGAAGUGUAUGGUGGAAAGACGAAUAAUAAUCCUCCACCUCAUUAUUUGAGCUCAUCAAUUGCCUCUCCAGCAUCACCUUCUCCGUGCACCUCAGUGAGUGCUGUUUAUACAUCUGGCUGCAACUCCCCUGCUGCAAAUACAGCCACAACUAGCAGUGAAAAUAACACAUCAGACUCUGCCAACUUGGACUCACCCUGUCCUUCGACAUCUCUUACCAGGGAGAACCGUAAGAGAAAGCGGGAACCCCCUGCAUGGUUUUUAGAAGAAAUGGCGAAGAGAGAUGCCAAGGAUGAACAGAGGUGGAAGGAGGUGAAGGAAAUAGAGGAAAAAAAAUUACAUGAGUUGCAGCAACUCAGAAUGCUGAUGUCUGAACUAAUUAAAAAUAAAAACAAUGUAUAAUAAAUUUUUUUUUUUUAAAGUA